AUGCUUGAUCCUAAAGGAAAUUACACGUUAAUUCAUGAGCCCAAUGAAGGCAAUAAAAAUAAAAAUAUAUUAAACAGAUUAUGUCGAAGUCUAAACAAAUCCAUUACAAAUAUUUGUGUAUUCUUACAACAAAAUUUUCGAUGGCAACUGAUUAAACCAAAUUCGUUUCGAUCAACAUCGUUAAUAGUUAUUCUAAUUAUUCUGCUUAUUUUUACAUUUUAUCGAUAUUUGUAUAUUGAUUACAAUUCGCAAGUAACACGAAUAAUGAGUGGGGAGGGAACUUCUUCGAAUUUCUUCAAAAAGCGUAUAAUUCAUCUUGACUUGAAAGGAGCAGCACCUCGACCAGAAUUUUUAUUUGAAUUAUUCCCCUUCUUUGCACGUCUUGGCUUUAAUGCUGUGCUUAUGGAGUACGAAGAUAUGUUUCCCUACACUGAUAAGCUAUCAAAACUUGCUCGGCAUUCUGCUUAUAACGCAACAACAAUUCAUCUAAUAGAAAAGGUUUGGUUAUUUUUUAUUGCAAAAAUUUAUUUUCAGCAUUUAAAUGAAAAUGGGUUGGAAUUGAUCCCUUUAGUGCAAACAUUUGGGCACAUGGAAUUUGUUUUGAAACAUUCAGAGUUUGCUUCGUUAAGUGAAAAUGUGUCUGAAUUUAAUACUAUUUGUCCCUCUAAUGAACGCUCAAUUUGGUUGAUACGGGAACUUCUGGCUCAGAUCAGAAAAUUACAUCCAACAAUAAAUUCUAUUCAUUUGGGAUGCGAUGAGGCCUGGCAUAUUGCUGAAGAGAAAUUAUGUAAAAAGCAACUAGUUAAAACUUUCGAAAAUUCAAAAGAAAGGUUGAAGCUGGAUCAUAUAACAAAAGUAGCGAGAAUUGCCAAAGACGAGUUUUCAUUUGAACGAGUGUAUACUUGGAAUGACAUGUUUGACAAAAUAAGUGUUCAAUUGAUGAAGGAAUUCAAGAUGGGUGAAUUAGUAAUUCCAAUGGUUUGGGGUUAUAUUCCUGAUGUAACUUUUCCUGGUUAUUUCCCUGAUGGAUUAUUUGAGCGUUUAAGUCAGGUUUUUGAAGAAGUUAUGUUUGCAAGUGCAUUUAAAGGAGCAAAUGGAAUUGUUCAACAAUUUGCUGAUGUUGGGCAUUAUACAAGCAAUUUGGCUUCCUAUAAGAAACUUUAUUAUCAACAUGAAAAGAGUUUAUCUGGUCGUCUCUCUGGGAUGGUCCUAACUGGAUGGCAACGUUAUUCACAUGUAACACCACUUUGUGAACUUAUAUCAAUUGGCUUGCCAACAAUGGUGGCUCAAUCUGUAUUUCUUAUAACUUGGAGUGAUAAAAAGGAUUUGACUAAUACAGAAAAAGAAACAAAAUUGGAAAUUAUAAAGAAGUUACUUGGCUGUCAAACGAAUGUAGACGACUUAAUAUUUGAAGGAAAAAAGUUUCCUCGAACAUUUGAUUCGCAGAUUGUAAAAUGUCAGUUUCCUGGUGCUGAUCUCUACAAACAGAUGGAAAAAGUCAGAGUCUUAAUAUGGAAAUUGGGAGUGUUAUUCAAUGAAAACAACGGUUGUGGAAAUACUACUGAAGAAAAGCAAAGUAAUAGUAAAGAGAAAAAACGACACGAAAUUGAACACGAAUUUAUUUCUUCCAUUCGGCCCAAGAUUGAAGAUUUACUUCUCAAAUAUUUCUACAAAGAUACAGUUGCAGAGUGGUUAGUUCAACACCGCUCCCUUUGUGAUUUUGUUCCAAUGGAUGGUGGUAGGUCUCUACUUAGAUAUGAUACAGUGCUGGAAAAAACUAUAGCCGCACUUUUGAAAACUUUGUAA